AUGGCUGCUCGUGGUCUCCCCCGUGCCCUCCGCCUGGCCCGCGUGGCUGCGCCGCGCUCCGUCGUCACCGCCGCCCUUCCCCGGCCCGCUCUGGCGGCUGCGUCGGCCGCGACCCGGGUGUCGGUGGCUCCCCCCACCACCCGUGGCCUGAAGACCAUUGAUUUCGCCGGCACCAAGGAAGUCGUCUAUGAGCGUGAUGACUGGCCCCGUGAGAAGCUUCACGAGUUCUUCAAGAACGACACCCUCGCCCUCAUCGGCUACGGCUCGCAGGGUCACGGCCAGGGCCUGAACCUGCGUGACCAGGGUCUCAAUGUCAUCGUCGGUGUGCGCAAGGACGGUGCGUCAUGGAAGGAGGCUGUUCAGGACGGCUGGAUUCCCGGCAAGAACCUGUUCGACGUCAACAGCGCCAUCGAGAAGGGUACUAUCAUCAUGAACCUGCUCUCCGAUGCCGCCCAGUCCGAGACCUGGCCCACCAUCAAGCCCCUCAUCACCAAGGGCAAGACCCUCUACUUCUCCCACGGCUUCUCGCCCGUCUUCAAGGACCUCACCAAGGUCGAUGUCCCCAAGGACGUCGACGUCAUCCUCGUUGCCCCCAAGGGUUCCGGCCGUACCGUCCGCACCCUCUUCCGUGAGGGCCGCGGCAUCAACUCCUCCAUUGCCGUCUUCCAGGACGCCACCGGCCAGGCCAAGGAGAAGGCCAUCGCCAUGGGUGUCGCCGUCGGCUCCGGCUACCUGUACGAGACCACCUUCGAGAAGGAGGUCUACUCCGACCUGUACGGCGAGCGUGGCUGCCUGAUGGGCGGUAUCCACGGUAUGUUCCUGGCACAGUACGAGGUCCUGCGUGAGCGCGGCCACAGCCCCUCGGAGGCCUUCAACGAGACCGUCGAGGAGGCCACCCAGUCUCUGUACCCCUUGAUCGGCGCCAACGGCAUGGACUGGAUGUACGCCGCCUGCUCCACCACCGCCCGCCGUGGUGCCAUCGACUGGUCCAGCCGCUUCAAGGACAACCUGAAGCCCCUGUUCAACGAGCUCUACAACAGCGUCCGGGACGGCACCGAGACCCAGCGCUCGCUCGACUACAACUCGCAGAAGGACUACCGCGAGAAGUACGAGAAGGAGAUGCAGGAAAUCCGCGAUCUGGAGAUCUGGCGGGCCGGCAAGGCCGUCCGUUCCCUGCGCCCCGAGAACCAGAAAUAA